AUGUCUUCAACCUGCGGUCUCUGGGGACUCAGUGUCAUUGAUGGCCUUGUUGAGGAUGAGAAGCGCAGAGAGCUACAGAAACAACAAGAACUAGAAAAGGAGAAAGCUAACAAACCUCCCAAACCUCCAGGUGACGCCUCUAAGGGUGCCGGUCUUUUCAAGUUCGAGUACCUCGAGAACCCAAAGAAGUACAUCCCCGGCACCAAGAUGGCCUUUGGUGGUCUCAAGAAGGCCAAGGACCGCAACGACUUGAUCACCUUCCUCGAGGAGAACACCAAAUAA